GUCUCUCUCUCUCUCUUGGAUUCUCUCACUUCAUCAAUCAACUACGAUUUUACUUUCUUUUUUAUUUAUUAUUUUUUUCAAAAAAUAUCUAUAACUUCAUUGUUGUUGUUGAUGGUUUCUUAGUUCAACCCUCUCAGAAGACACCCUUUUACCCCGCAUUUUCCAUAGCUUUCUCUACUGUUUUCUGGGAAAAUAUGAACCAAGCAUGAGAACUGCAAAGAAUGUGUCAGCUUUAUUUUUUUACUCCAUGUGGGGCAGCUGAAAAUUUUUGAGCUUUGAUUUGUGACACAUGCUUUUUCCCUUUUGAGGUUGCAGUGCAGAGGCUCUCUAUCUCGUUUUCCACAAUGCAGAAUGGAAUCUCAGAGUUUCGAGGCUCUGACUUUCUGUGAAGCUAGCUCGGUUUUGAAAACUUUCAGGAACAUGAAACACAACCCUUUAUUGGCUCCAUUUUAAAGCCUCUAACUUUUUGGUCAAAAGGUGAGCCCAUUUUUCUGACUCUUGAUCGUGUCAUGUUGGUAAUAGCCAAAUCCUAUUAUUUGAUUCAGCUGGUUUUUCUGGGUUUUGAGCUGAUUUAAAGUUCUGGGGUUUGAGAGGAAUGAGGGUUUGAGUCUUCUAGUUACUAUUGACUUUCAAAGUUGGGAUUUUUAGUGUAGUUGGGUGAUUUGAGAGUUUUAAGUGACACCCCAAUACAACUUUCACAUCAAUUGGUGCAUUUUGGAGCUAAAGUAUUGAGAUCUGUUUUGGGAAGUCAAGUCACUGUGUACUUGGUGUUUCCCAAAGUUUGAGAUUGAUUCUGGUUAGUGUGGUUUCUUUAGCCUCCAACUAGUGAAAAAAGGAAUAAGGCUUUUAAUGAAUUUUAUAGGCAGUUUGAUGGAUAAUUAGAGCUUGAAGAUUCCACUUGGUGAGAUAUUUAAGAGGUUGAGAAGUCAAAGGUGUAGUGUUUUUUCUUAUCAAUGUCUGGAGCUCCCAGAUUGAGGUCUAUGAAUGUUGCUGAUUCAGAGGCAAGGCCUGUGCUUGGACCAGCUGGAAACAAGACAGGGUCUUUGAGUUCAAGGAAAUCAGCUUCAAAGCCAUUGAGGAAGGUUGAUAAAUUGCUGGAUGAGGCUGCAUCAGCAGUCAAAGAGAAGAAACCCCAUCAAGUGCUGUCUUCAGUUGUUUCCUCCUCUCCCAAGUCAUAUCCUGCUGCCAGGGUUUCUUCUCUGCUCAGCCGGCACGAGCAGUUACUACAUUCUAAUUUAUCUCUCAAUGCUUCAUGUUCAUCUGAUGCCUCUACAGAUUCAUUUCAUAGUCGAGCAUCUACUGGAAGAUUGACACGGUCCUAUAGCCUAGGUACCCGAAGGAAACCGUAUGUGUCGAAGCCGAGAAGUGUUGCUUCUGAUGGGGUGUUAGAAUCUCCCCCUGAUGCUUCACAAUCCAAGAAGAGGUGUGCCUGGGUCACUCCCAAUACUGAACCAUGUUAUGCUACUUUCCACGAUGAAGAAUGGGGAGUUCCGGUACAUGAUGACAAGAAACUAUUUGAGCUACUUGUACUUUCGAUUGCUCUGGCUGAACUUAGUUGGCCAGUCAUUCUAAGCAAAAGGCAUAGUUUUAGGGAAGCUUUUGCAGACUUUGAUCCGGUUGCUGUGUCAAAGUUGAAUGAGAAGAAGAUGAUGGCACCAGGAACAGUUGCGAGCUCCCUACUUUCUGAGCUUAAAUUACGUGCUGUGAUCGAGAAUGCACGUCAAAUAUCAAAGGUCAUAGAUGAGUUUGGGUCUUUUGACAAGUACAUUUGGAGUUUUGUGAACCAUAAGCCAAUAGUUAACAGGUUCCGCUAUCCAAGACAGGUCCCUGUGAAAACUCCAAAGGCAGAUGUCAUCAGCAAAGACCUGGUGAGAAGAGGUUUCCGUGGCGUUGGCCCCACGGUGAUAUAUUCUUUCAUGCAGGUUGCUGGUUUCACCAAUGACCAUCUCAUGAGCUGCUUCAGAUUCCCGGAGUGUAUUGCUGCAGCUGAAGGAAAGGAAGGGAAUGGCAUCAUGGAUAAUAUUAACUCUGAACAAAAGGAGGGUUGUGAUAACAUGAUGGAAUCCAAUCUGUCUAUUGCCAUUGAUGAAUUGAGUUUCUCCUCUGAAUCCUAGUUCAACAGUGUUGCUAGUGUACUUGUCUCUUAGCCUUGGAUUAAGUGUGAUGAUGGAGGGGAAUUUGUGUAAAAAUCUCAUGCAUUAUUCCCUAAACAUGAUGGAUUCUUAGAUUGUAGGUUACUAAAACCAGUUAACUGGGUAUCCUUCUGCUGUACUAAGCUUCUGCAUUACCAAUUGGUGUACAAUUUUUUGUACAGUUAAAAAGAUUAGUGAUUAGUAUUUUCUUUGAAGCCAAUGGCAGCUGGCAAUAGAUAACCAUUCUAGUU